AUUAUAAGUAUAACUACCCGUUCGGUGAACACAGCGAAAUCAUUUGUUGUAAAGCCCUGAACAAGUUAGCAAGCAAGAGAGUCAGUCAGAAACUACUUUCGACAAAAAGUGUGAGUAAUUUCACAACGUCGCCCAAUAGUUCUGAGCCGUGUAAAAAUAGAAGAAAGUUAUCAGUUAUAUCACCGUCAAAAGGUCAUCGAGUGAAAUUAGUACAACCCACGGCCACCGGUUCCGUGCAGGCAGCAGAGUUGAACGAGUUUACCCUGGAUACAUACUACAUUUGUAAUAAUUACAACAAUUCAAAAAUGGUAGUCGCCACAGAAUCAACCCCAGUAAUGUCCAAAGUUGGCUUCAAAACCGUCGGAAUUGGCGCCAACGUCCGCUCGACGUUGGUGGCCGCUGCCGCCGAACAACGAAUUGUGGCUGGAAUGGCCAAUGCUAUCCGAAGCCUGACCGAGAAACCUCACGAAUUCGUGUUCUGCUUCAUGGUCCAGCCAAAGGCGAACGACAGCGGCGCUCACAUGCAGGAAGUUCUGCUGGAAGCGUUUUGUUUCGAAAACGACAUCUACAUCAUUAAGGUUGACAGUGCAGAAAAGUUGAGUCGCCUGUUGGGCUCCACUUGUCUGGUGUCCUGUGCCCUGGUGCGAAAAUCUGAUCCCACCAACGAGGAUUGCUAUUCUCGCAGUGAAAACAUCCUAAUCGAUCACUGCGAGUUCUACUGGGAUGAACCGGUGAAACCAAUUGUAAAACUACCGGAAAAGUGAAUCCAUCGGUCGACGGUGGACUUUGUUUGAAUAGUGAUAACCGUUUGAUACGGCGUCAGAAAAGCUAUCUAUAGUAAAUGAGAUAACAGCGAGCCCGUGCUCCUCUGCAACGAUGCCUCACAGGCAUUGUGAUUAGAUUGAAGCCACAGUUCGACUCUAUGUUGUAAUGGACUCUAUGUUGUAAAACUCGGCCCAUAGAGCGUCGAGCUACGGAUGUACCCAGUGAAUGACAGUGUUUAACCCGGUGGAGAGCCGAUUGAAGGUGUAAUUACAUAUGAAGAUUAUCAUUUACAUAACGAUUCGAGAGUUUACGAGACACUGUCAGUUUAGUCACUAGUAGAUCCAAACUACUGUAUCCUACAACAUGAGAAGUGAAGAAUUGAAUGCGGUUUUACGUAUAUCAGUUUUAUAAUUUAAUUACUAUAUGGAUUACAAUGGAUUAUUUUGUAUAUAUCUGAUCACAGUACAUUAGCGAUAGUGGUGAUUAUGGACCUAUCCUUUAGCUGGUGAAAUAAAUACAAAACUGGUGUAAUAA